UUUAGAUUAGCUGAAGCAUCUUCGAUAAAUUGGCUGUCUCCGGCUGUCAGUUUAUUAGCAGCAGAGUACCCAGAAUGUUGGGGGCAAUAUGCUACAUCAUUGUAAACCGCUUAGAGAGCUCCGGCUAUAGAGCGGUAUAUAAAUGUCUCACCCAGAGGCAGAACCAAAGGAUGAAGAUGAAGAGGGGGCACUGACAGGUCAUCCCAGAAACCCAAACCAUGUUGCACCAUUUUCUGGGGGACCUCCCAAUGUUUUGUGGGACACUCUGGGGAAAGAGCUCAUUGAGGAACCCUCCAUGCCAGAACCCCUUCCAGCACUUUGCAUCACCAACGACAUCCUGGGGGAAGCGCUCACUGAGGAACCCUCCGUGCCAGAACCUCUUCCAGCAUCUCGCAUGACCAACGACAUCCUGGGGGAAGCGCUCACUGAGGAACCCUCCAUGCCAGAACCUCUUCCAGCACCUCACAUGACCAAUGACAUCCUGGAAGAAGAGCUCACUGAGGAACCCUCCAUGUCAGAACCUCUUCCAGCACCUCACAUGACCAAUGACAUCCUGGAGGAAGAGCCCACUGAGGAACCCUCCGUGCCAGAACCUCUUCAAGCACCUUGCAUGACCAAUGACAUCCUGGAGGAAGAGCUCACUGAGGAACCCUCCGUGCCAGAACCUCUUCCAGCACCUCGCAUCACCAACGACAUCCUGGAGGAAGAGCUCAUUGAGGAAACCUCAAUGCUUGAACCCCUUCCAACCCCUUGCAUCACCAAAGACCUACUGGGGAAAGUGCUCAUUGAGGCUACCUCAGUGCCAGGUCCUUCCAUCCUCACAGACACUCCAAAGGAAGCAGCUUCUGUGUCGGAGCCCUUACUAGAGCCUUCCAUUGCUGAUAAUUAUCUUCAGCAAGAUUUAGAACUACUCAAAGGGUUACAACAUGACUAUGUCCAGCAGCAACUGAGGGUUCGCCGCAUUUCCCAACAGUUCCCUCGUUCUCUCUGGGCCAUCAACCUGCAAAUUGGACACAUGCAGACAAGGCUCAUCCGCUGUGAAGUUCGGCUGCAUUGGUGGGAAAGGGAAGGUAUGUUCACAGCAAGCCCCUGAAAUUGCUGCUGGGCUAAGAACGGUUCUUUUGUUUAUUUUAUGUUGAAAUGCUUGAUUUGAGUCUGCAUCUAAGGUUUCAGGGGGGAAGCCUGUGAGUGGGUUGUCAGUGCUUGCUGAAGUGUUCCUUCGUUUUCUGUCUUUCAUGUGUCCAACUCCAGUGCCUGUAAUCCAAGCAGCUUCUCAGAGUGAGCAGUGAGGGCAAGUGAUGGUGGGUGUGGUAGGAUGUCAGCCUUUGCAGCUGACCUCCUGCUUCUUCUCUCUUGCAGAUGUUCCUGCAGGCCGUGCUGCACUUCUCCAGCCCUCUGGGUCUGAUUCAUCAUUGUCUUCUGCCUCCCUUGAGGUUGCCUCCAUCCCACCCUCCACCUCCACCUCUUCCCUCCUGCUGCAUCCCUCUCCACCUCCUCCUCCUUCCCCACCUCCUCUGAAGCCGGACCUCAGCAAUGUGAAAGAAACUCUGCAGAGUUUGGUAGAGAUGCAGGUCCAUCAGCUGCGUGACCAUAAGCCUCACAGAGGCAGCACUCCAUAACCUCUACCUUUUCCAUUCUCAUUGUGAUUUUACAAUCUAAAAAACUUAUAGUCUAAAAACAGAGGCAGGGAUACAAUAGAAGUAGUAGAGGGAAGCUGAGGUGGGGGCAAGUGGGGGAAGGAUGUGUAUAUAUUUCAGCUGCACCUCCUUACCUGUAGGACCAGGGAGACCCAGGUUUGAAUUCUCAUCCAGUCAUGAAACUCUCUGGGUGACUUUGGGCUAGUCACUUGUCCCACAGCCUAACUUACCUCUUAGGGUUAUUGUGAGGAAAAAAUAACCAUAUAUAAACCUCCCUGAGCUGCUUGAGGAAGAGCAGAAUAUGAAUGCUAAAAGGAAAACAAAUAUCAGCCCUUUUGAGUUUAAGCUGAGAUGAAACAGGAAACCAAGGGGGAUGAUAUAUAAUUGUGCAUAUUGCAAAUCCUCCUUAUAGUGUCAUCAAUGUACAUGGGCAAAAGUUCCCUGCCACCAGGAGCAUACAGUCUAAAGUUUGGCUUUGGAGAGAGAAGUGAGGAAGAGGAGGAAUGGGAGAGGAAAGCAUAAGGGGCAUUCAAUUCAAGCUGAUGGAGCUGCCUCUACUGAGGCAUUACGCCAAAGGCUGCGCAGUGGAGGUGGGUUUUCAGGUAUCAUUGGAGGGAUAGGAGAGAGACGAGGGGCCACAUCUGAGUGGUUGUUCCAGACUCAAGGGUCAGCGAGAGGGAAGAGAAAGAGUUGUUUUAGAGAGCAGGAGACCUUCAGGUGGCUCCUGAUGACAGAGAAGCUGGAAGAGCAAAAACCAACCUGACGAGGUGCAAGUUCACCGGGGGGGUACAUAGCCAUGGAGGGUUUUCAAGACAGAGAGGAGUCUGUGCUGGGCAUGGAAGGAGACUAGAAGUCUGUGCAGGGACUGACAUGGUGGAGGACAGGCCCCUUCACCCUGUUUGUUUUCUCUCCUUCAAGGCCAAAGAGACCUCCGCAGCUGCCAGGAAUGCUUACAAAGCUUCAAGGCACUGAGGGGACAAUUGAGGCGGCUAAGGAGCAGACUGGUCAGGGUGGAAGCCACUAUGGGGAUCGUGGUUCCUCCAAGGGAGCUGGACAUUGCUGAGGAAGAAGGGGAAGGCAAAUUAAAAGAGACAACUGUGCUACUAUUUACAUAAGUAGCAAUAAAAUGCUGUGUAUAUAUUUUUUAAAAAUUAAAUAUUUGUUUUAAUAGGAUGUAGAGAUAGAACAGCAAUAAAACUAGCAUAUUUAUUGUUUAAAAAAAUAAAAUGUUUUAUUUUAA